CAACGGAGGAAUAUAGCGCGCGCCGCUGACUGGGGGAGAAGCGCGCGCGAGAGACAGGGGGAAACCCCGAAAGAAGAAAAUACUGAAAACACGUUCACGGGAAGUGGAGAAUAAAGGAGGACGGAGAGAGAUACGAGAAGCAGAAGCAGAAGAAGAAGACACGGAGCGGCUAUGAUUCUCUCCCUGGCCGCGGCGGCAGCCAUGAGUAGCGGUGGCGGUAGCAGCCUCAACUCCUCCUCUCCCCUCGACCCCUUCGACUCCUCCACCUCAUGGAGCCUGGUUGAGGACCCCGCCAACUCUUCGUCAGAACCUGUAGUGCAAACGGUGACCCCUGACCUCCAGCCAGCGACCACCGCCGUCGCUCUUCAGGAAGUCAGCCCAUGGGACAUUGCGCUUUGCGUGACGGGGACUCUCAUUUCCUGCGAGAACGCCCUGGUGAUCGCUGUGCUGUUCUACACGCCGACGCUCCGCGCUCCCAUGUUCAUCUUGAUUGGAUCGCUGGCGGUGGCGGAUCUCCUGGCCGGCCUGGGCCUCAUCUUGAACUUUGUCUUCACCUAUCUGAUCGACAGCUCGGUGGAGUUCGUGACAUUGCUGUCCGUUGGACUGCUGAUCUCGGCCUUCUCAGCGUCUGUCUUCAACAUCCUCGCCAUCACGGUCGACCGGUACCUCUCGCUCUACAACGCCCUGACCUACCACACUGAACGGACGGUCACCUUCACCUACGUCAUGGUGGUCUUUAUCUGGGUGUCGUGCCUCACGCUCGGCCUGUUGCCGGCACUGGGCUGGAACUGUCUGAGAGACGAGAGCACGUGCAGCAUCUGCCGACCGGUCACUAAAAACAACGCCGUGGCUCUCGCUGUCACUUUCUUAUUGGUCUUUGCCCUCAUGAUGCAGCUCUACCUUCAAAUCUGCAAAAUCGCCUUUCGCCAUGCGCAGCAGAUCGCGGUGCAGCACCAGUUUUUGGCCAUCUCCACCACCAAAGGUGUCUCCACACUGUCGGCCAUCCUGUGUGCCUUCGGGGCAUGCUGGCUGCCGUUCGCCAUGUACUCCAUUGUGGCUGACUCCAGCUACCCCGUAAUAUACACCUACGCCACGGUCCUCCCAGCCACCUGCUGCUCUGUAAUCAACCCCAUCAUCUAUGCGUUCCGAAACCCAGACAUCCAGAAGUCGCUAUGGAUGGCCUGCUGUGGGUGCGUCCCCUCCAACCUCUCCUUAAGACCCAGGACCUCCAGUGAUGUGUAGCAGGGAAGGUUGGAGUCUCCUUAGUGUGAUGCUUGAGGUCGAGUCAGGGUUGGAGGGACAGGAGGUGGCUAGGAGGAAAGAGAUUUCCUCUGCUUCUCAUACCGGGCAGGCUGAUGGCGAACACUCAGCUGGCCGCUGUAGAUGUGGCACUGGCGGCUGAUGGAGAAGAGGACGAUGCAUAGUCAAAAAAAACAAGAAAAAGAAAAACGAUAUGAAAGUUUGUAGCCUUGAGAAAACCAAAAUCAUGGAUGGAGAUGGUGUGGAAACCAACUGCAAACACCUGUUUAAGGUAUCCUCAUCAUGGCUGUGGGAGCUGAGGCAGGCUGUGGGGGAAGUGUCAGGUGACUUUUCCACUGGCUUCUGUUAGGGCACGAAAAGUGAGUCCUGCUUCUCAAGAGUAGCAUAUAUGUGAAGCUGAGAUUUAGUAAGAAAGUUGCUAAAUCUCUGCAUGUCCUGAGGCUGGGCAGCACUGCAUGGUUAUGCAAUCAGAAGGAGUGAAACAGUCUUAAAAUACUUGUUUGUGUUUUAACUGAUGUGUUUGAAAUUAAGUGGCGUGUGGAUAAAAAUACAAUGAGCUAAAUAUACACAAGGAACGACCUUGAAAAUUCACAAUGAGCUACUUUCUCCUGGUAAAAAAACGAGAAUAUUUCCUCCCUGGAAACAUUUUGAGCAAUGUUUCCUUCAGCUGAUGCAGAUUAAGUAGCUGAGUCUUGCCCAUUAAGCCUUUUCCCAAUGCCAGAAGCACAGCCUUUAUUAUUUGUUUUUCCCAUUUCGAUGCAAGUUUCAGGAAAGAGUGAAAAAAAGCUAAUCACACAACAUCCCUCCUCAAACAUUCAAAUCCGAAAUGAAAUCUAAUGUACCAGUCUCUGAAUGCAUAAACAAGCCCGGCUAGUUUGAAGAAUCUAGAGAGGGAUUUCCAUAUUUAGACUGGCAUGUGUUGUCCUUGGUGCGUUGAAAUGAAAUCUGCUCCGCAACGGAGAAAAAUGGGUUUCUCAGCCUGCCGCUGUGCCGUGACUGCGAAGCAGAGAGAGCUGAAUUCAGCACCAAGGACAGCGUCACUGCAGAGCGCUGCUACCCUGGGAAUGCUCUCUGCUGCGGGGAGGGAGAGCGCCGGAAAGUAGGCUACGCUGUUCUUUACACCCUCUUUAUGGGGAAAUGUGAGACGGGCCUUAAAGGAGCAUUUCAGCAUGAUUGGAGUUUCUUUCACCCUUUUGUCCACCCCUGGAUGGAUAAAGGUAUUUAAAAAUUUGUGUUUGCUAAAACUCUUCUGUUAUGUGAUUGCUUCAGUUUCAAAAAGACAUGCAGAACAACAUUAAUAGUGCUAGUUAAUCACUGUGGCACAAGAGAGCACAAAAGACAUUUAUGAUUAGUAUCAAUAGCUAACAUCUGCAAACCUUAUGUCUCGGUUUGGAUACUUCCAUGCACUUUGCAUUUUACGCUAUGUCCUUACUUGCAUAGUGUUUAAAAUUAAACGUGGUAAUGUUGUUUCAAACUGACCACAGCAAGCUGUAUACUUUCCAGAAAUGAUGACUGGACAUUGAUCGGAGCCUGACUGAUCUAUCAGUGGGAUGAUAUAAUCAGCUUUUUGGUAUUGUUGUUUAAAACGGCGGAUAAAUUAAAAUUUAACAAAGAUUUGAUGGGAGAAACUCCAACUUCAAACUUGUUAUAAGUGUUGAAGAUUUGUCCACCAGAGGGCACUCUGCAAGUAACCUGUUGGCGACACGUGUUUGGAACACCACAAAUACGACAAUCAACUGAUUCAGACAGAGACAGGCAGAGCGUAAACGGGUAA